AUGGAGUAUUAUGUAGACCUUGAAUUGAUUUGUAGUGCAGUUCAUAACCUAGCCUUUAAAAUUUGGAAACGCUUUGAGCAGUCGAAAGAGCGAGAAGAGCUUCAGGAGUCCAUUUUUCUUGGUCGCAUUGCACUCGGACUUUAUCCUGAUCUUCAUCCGGAUAGGAACGAGGUAUUGAUCAACCUCGGAGGUUUUCUUUACACAAGAUUCGAGGAGUACGGUGUGAUAGAAGAUCUAGAGGAGGCUAUUGAGCGUUGUCGUGCUGCCCUAGAACUUUGCCCCUGCGGACAUCCCAACCGCCUCACCCCUUUGAUUAACCUCGCACAUUCCCUUCACACUCGAUCUAGACAGCAUGGGCGGACUAUAGACCUUGAUGAAGCCAUCGAGCAUUAUCGUACUGCCCUGCGGGUUUGUCCCAGUGGUCAUUCCGGUCGUUCCUUGUCUUUGAAUGGCCUUGCGGGCUGCCUUCAAUUUCGGUAUGAACUCCAUGGACAAACGACAGAUAUUGAUGAAGCCAUCAAGUAUCAUCGUGCUGCCCUUGAGCUUUUCCCUCACGGUCAUCCCGAUCGUUGCGAAUUUUUGAAUGGACUUGCGAUUUCGCUCCAAACUCGAUUUCAGCGGCAAGGACGGGCUGCAGACCUUGAUGAAGCCAUUGACCACCAUCGCACUGCCCUAGACAUAGAACCUUGCCACCACGACCACCUCACUCGUUCCUCUUUCCUGCAUAAUCUUGCAGGCUCCCUUACUAUUCGGUUUCAACAGAAUGGAGAAACUGCAGACAUUGAUGAGGCCAUCGGGCAUUAUCGCGCUGCUCUAGAUUCUCAACCCGACGGGCAUCCCAAUCGAUCUGUAUGUCUGGACAGCCUAGCAAGUUCUCUUUCUGUUCGAUUCGAACAGCAUGGACAACUUGCAGACCUCGAUGAGGCCAUCGAGUGUCAUCGUGCCGCCUUAGAACUCCAACCCCGCAGACAUUUUAAUCGUUCCUUGGUUCUUGAUAACCUCGCCAUUUCCCUUCGGACUCGAUUCGAGCAGCACGGACGGAUUGCAGAUCUCGAAGAAGCCAUCGUGCACCAUCGUGCCACACUAGAACUUCUCCCGAACAACCAUUUCCAUCGUUCCGGGUGUCUGGGUAACCUCGCACUUUCUCUGAAAACUCGUUUUCAUCAGUAUGGGCAGACUGCAGACAUUGACGAGGCUAUCGAGCAUCAUCGUGCUGCUCUAGGGCUUCGCCAGAACGGACAUCCCAAUCGUUCCUCGUCUCUGAAUAAUCUUGCUAUUUCCCUUCAAACCCGAUUCAACGAAUGUAGAAGACAAAUUGCAGAUCUCAAUGAAGCUGUGGAGCUUUGCUAUUCUGCCCUGGAACUUUGUCCUAAUGGCCAUCCUGAUCGAUCCAUGGUUCUGAACAGCCUGGCAGGUUCCCUUAAAAGUCGAUUUGAGCAGCAUAGACAGACUGCUGACCUGGAUGAGGCCAUCGUGCAUUAUCAUGCAGCGCUGGAACUUUACCCAAGCAACCAUCCUGAUCGUUGGAAUCCUCUGAACAACCUUGCAAACUCCCUUCGAACUCGAUUUUACUUGUAUGGACAGACAAUAGACCUUGAUGAGGCCAUCCAGCUUCAUCGUACUGCACUGGAGCUUCGUCCAGAAGGGCAUCCUAGUCAUUCCAUGUCACUGCGGGACUUGGGUUUUUCAUUACUCGCUCGAUUCGAGAAAUUCGGACUUGCGGACAGUUUUGAAGAGUGCAUGAAACUACUUGAACGCGCUACUGUACAUGACUUUUCAAGCUUGACGAUGCGUUUGGAGAUUGCCAGGCUAUGGGCUGACCUUGCCCAACGUCAUUCUCACUGUACCACGUCUAGAGCUUACAAGAUGGCAAUGCCACUCCUGCAACAUGUCCUCAUUGUCAGUCCCUCCCUUCAUGCACAGCACGAAUUUCUCAGGCACCACAGUAUGACGUUCGGUGUAAAUGGAGUAGCGUAUGCUAUAGAGGGAAAUAGGCUUGAGGAGGCUGUAGAGAUGCUUGAGCAAGGAAGGGGUUUACUCUGGUCACAGAUGCGUGGGUUUAGGACACCUCUAGAUUGCCUUGAAAAAGUAAACAGUGAGCUUGCUAACAGUUUCAGGGAUGUUAGUCGCCAGUUGGAAAGCCUUGCAACGUCAUCAUCUACUGUGUUGCAGUCUCUUUCAAGCACGGUUGUGACCAGGUCAUCUGUACUAAAUGCACAUAGCGAAGGGAAAUUGUAUGAGGAGCAGCUGAAGUUGAAAAUACAACUCUCUACCAAGCAGGAGGGGGUUAUCAAUGAGAUACGGAAAAUUCCUGGCUUUACAAGCUUUCUCGCAGCCACAUCGUUCCACGUACUCCAAUGUGCUGCUUCAGAGGGUCCAGUCAUUGUGGUUAAUCACAGCAAACAUCGAUCCGACGUGCUUAUUAUUCUCUCCCGUGAAGAUAGGCCGGUUGUCUGCAUUCCGUUAGACAGGGAGUUUUAUGAGGAAGGCAUUGAACUAUGUGCUAAGCUUGUGGGUACACGCUCACAAUAUGGACCUAACUCAGCAGAAUAUGACGGGAUGCUCCGUUGCACGUUGAAGACGCUAUGGGACAGAGUGGUCUCCAAAGUCGUUGACAAACUAGACGAGCUCGGAAUUUCCGAAGGAUCGCGCAUUUGGUGGUGCCCUACAUCUUGGCUGUCUGCACUGCCGUUUCAUGCUGCAGGUCCGUUCAAGGAUACAGACGGAACUAUGAAGUAUCUCUUGGACAAAUACAUCUCAUCAUAUACUCCAACGCUCGAAGCACUUAUUAACUCGCGGUCAUGUGGAAAUGGAGAAGAACCGACCACUCUUGUUAUUGUGGAUACUUCACUUCCGUCAGCUAAGGACGAAAUUCGCAAAAUCAAGAAUUGUGGUAUGCAGACCAAAUUGCUCAACAGCAAGGAAUCUCACGACGUUGUGAUAAAAGCACUUCGGAAAGCGACAUGGGUCCAUUUUAUUUGCCAUGGACGCUUAGAUUCUAAGCCUUUCAACUCGUCGUUCAAGGUGUCGGAUCGCCGCCUGACUUUACUCGAUAUUGUCCAAGCAAACCUUCCUCACGCAGAGUUUGCAUUCCUUUCUGCCUGCCACACCGCCGGACAGUCUUUCGAAGUUGCACCCGAUGAGGCACUCCACCUAGCUGCGGCAAUGCAGUUCUCCGGUUUUCGAAGUGUAAUUGGAUCGAUGUGGGAGUUACUUGACGGGGACGGGCCCUUCUUUGCCAGGACAGUUUAUGAGUACAUGUGUAACUGUGAUGAGGGCGAGGCGAAAUAUAAACGUGCAGCCACUGGACUUCGUGAAGCAGCCAUACAGUUGAAAGCACGAGACGAUAUUCGGACCGAGAGAUGGGUUAAUCUAAUCCACAUAGGUGCUUGA